AUGAACCCUGCGAAACCUUUCCCCAACCCUGUUCACGAGUCAGCACAUGCACAGCGUAAUGGUCUUGUUAUUGUAUCUCACUACUGUCCUGAACGACCGUACGUUGAACUUGGAGUGCCAACUAGCAUCCGCGAGGUUCACAAAAUUAUCUUCAAGACAGUGUCUCAUGAUCAAGGAUAUAGCAAUGACGAUGCGACUCUGAGGGGGACGUACGAGCAGAGCUUCACCUGGUUUGAAGCUUCAGUCAUCACGCCCUCCGCUCGUGAUCGUGUACCUCGUCGCCACCUCCAGAGCAACUUGCAUGCAAUCAGUGAUUUCCGAGAACAUGAGAUUUGUUGGAACUUGGAAGAGGCUGAAGUGUCGUUGAAACGAUGGCUGAGGGCGAUUAAGCCGGGCGACACCGUGCAAAUUGUCCCUAAAGCUCGCCAUCAAGCAUGGCGCAAUUAUGUCGCAGCGGCAUCAAUUACGGUGUUCGGUUUAGGUGGAGAGCAAGUAGGGCAUCCAUCACCCUCAGCACCCGACCUUAAUAUCUACCGCCCAUUGACAAGGGCCAAGGAAAUCCGGUUAGUCAGCUUGCAGUCUGGAAACACGGAUCAUCAAGUCCACUGUAUCCUUGAGCAUGCCGAGCUGGGUGACGAUGUUCAAGAGCCCUACGAAUGCAUGUCGUACUGCUGGGGCGAUCGAGGAGACCCAAAAGUUGUUCGCCUGUCCUGCUGUCCAGAGGGAGAGAGCAAACCGGUCGAAUCUCUGGUCCCAAUCACGUCGAAUCUCCAUGAUGCUCUUCUCCGUCUGCGACAUCCCUCUAAGCCCCGAAAGAUAUGGAUCGAUGCGAUAAGUAUAAACCAGUCGGACCCUCACGAGUGUUCACUACAAGUUGCAUUGAUGCGGGAAAUAUAUUCUCAAGCAGAGGACGUUAUUGUCUGGCUGGGCGAACGUAAUGACGGCAACGACGGGUGCCUUGCUGAUGCCGAGAUGAUCGCGGAACGAUAUUUGCAACGUUCUGACCUCGAUCAAUCCACUACGAAGCUGCAUAGUCCUCUCCUAGACAAUGGCAGCUAUCAUGUCGACAAUCCUUUAUUCCGAAACGACUACUUUCGCCGGGCUUGGGUCCUCCAAGAGGUUUUCAACGCCAGACAUGUCUCAGUGCUGUAUGGUGGCACGCUUAUGUCCUGGGCUAGGAUUUUGCGGCUCAACGAGUGUAUUACUCGCUCAACCGUCUACUCAAACCCAAUUGCCAAAAAUACAAUGCCUCCGCUCUUUUCAGAGCUGUUCACGCCACACUCAUUGAGAAAAUCUGUCAAAAACACAGCGUAUCUGCAGGAGUACUCGCGACAGACAACCAAAAUGGGUAUCUUGGAUGUGGUUCUUGAAGGCCUCGAUCUAGAAACGACCGAUCCUCGGGACAAGAUUUUUGCCUUACUAAGUUUUGGUCAGGAGACAUGGGAUUUCAGUUGCCACGGUGCUGAGAUCCGACCGGAUUAUACUAAGACACCAGCGAGAGUGUUCGCCGACUUCACUCGUUGGUGGAUCAGAACACACAAAUCAUUACGAAUUCUAUCAACUAUACAUUUAUCCCGAGGGAGGACUUGGGUUAACCUGUCGCCUUCGUCGGCUUUGAACGGUUCUAAUGACCGCCCGAGCUGGUCAUUUUGGCAUACUGGCAGAAGUGUAUGGGCGCAAGGGACUUUAGGGUUGAGCGCUGAGUCUCCGUAUCGUGUUGCAGGGAACACCGAUCCUGUCAUUGAGGAGACGGUUGACCCCAUGGUCCUAGGAGUCAGGGGUCGCCAGAUUGGUGUCAUUUCCAAAAUCCGUCCCUACCCAUACUAUCCUAUCUAUGUUUCCAUGCAUGUCGGCGACAAUCCUGCUCAACGCCGUUACCAGGAUCUGCACGAAGCCUAUGUUCACCUGUUCGACCCUCUUAGCUGGAGAGGAACUUGGACCUCCAGAGUCCAGAGAGGCGAUGUCCAGAAACUUCGACAGCCAUAUGACCAAACAGAGACCUUCCAGAAGAACAUGGAUCAUUUGGCUACACACGCCAGUCUUGAUCCCGAGAAAGAGAAUCAUCUUAUUCGUGAUAUCCUACAAGAUCCACAGAAUACGUUGGUAGGAUGCCAUGCACCUUGUUUCAUACAAACCUCGGCCGGGGACGAAGGGCUUUGCCCUGCUGCAGCGAGACCCGGCGAUGUUAUUGUGGCCUUGUAUGGAAGUCGUGUGCCAUACAUUCUUCGGCCACUGCCUCAAGAGAGCUCUCACACGGACGACGCUGGCGCAACCAUACACCUGUCGUACCAGCUAGUCGGCGAGUGCUAUCUAGAGAACUAUAUGUAUGGCAAGGCUGUGAAGGAAGACGACAAUGGUGAGCAGCAAGGGUGUCCAGAGAAGACAUUCUAUUUGAUUUGA